AUGGAGCGCGAUCCUGCGUGUCAGCCUCAGCCGCGGACAGAGGCGGAAUGGGAUGCGGCUCCAGGGUUACCCCCAUGGGAUUGGGACCUAAGGGAUCUGCCAACGUCCAGGGAGCGAGAGUCUGGAGGGGGAGGGAAGGGAAGGGAGGAUUGCGUACCCGGAGCCGGCUCGGCGGCCCGGGGUGGGUGCUGGGAAAGGUAGGAUCCAGGCGAAGACAUCCAUUGAGAGGGCUCCGGAAAGAGGAGAGUCGGCUCUCUGGGAAGCAGGGACCGCGUUCCGACGUGGCUGUGUGUGUGUGUUGCGACUAGAAAGUUGUGGAGUGCUCAGGGUGGCUGCUUUAUCUGCUGAGUAAUCGGCAUCUCCGCGGUGUCGGCGCAGACCCUCUUCCCAGCAAAGUGGCGCGAACGCGGAACUGGAGGCUUUGCCUGGUGCCUUGGCAAAGGAAAAGGGCGCGCGAACACGCGUUCGAGGCGGGGCCGGAGAGGAUCUCCUGGGUACCGCUCGCUCCCUGGCCGGCUUGCUUGCCCGCAGUUGCUCCCUCAGUCCUUCGCUCGCUAGCGCAUCCCCUCCCACACCAGGGAGUAAUUUUGGGUGGCGCGGGCUCCGUCCUCUUCUUGGCUGGUGGGAACCGUGUGCCCAGAAGAGGAAGUCUGGUGUGCCUGGCCCCUCCCAGCCCAGCGCCGAUGAGUGCAAGGGAGCCCAAGGAGCUGAGGCUGGCGCUGCCGCCGUGUCUCCUCAACCGGACCUUUGCUUCCCCCAACGCCAGCGGCACGGGCAACGCGAGCGCCCGUGGCCCGGGCACAGGAGGCGGCGGCGGCACGUGCAUCACGCAGGUGGGACAGCAGCUCUUCCAUUCGUUCUCCUCCACGCUGGUGCUGAUUGUCUUGGUUACCCUCAUCUUCUGCCUCAUCGUGCUGUCCCUCUCCACCUUCCACAUCCACAAGCGUAGGAUGAAGAAACGGAAGAUGCAGAGGGCUCAGGAGGAAUAUGAGCGGGAUCACUGCAGCGGCAACCGCGGCGGCAGGGGGCUUCCCCAACCCGAGGGCGGCCAGGCCCCAAACCAAGCAAAAGAAAGCCGGCUGGAGAAGCAGGGAGGGGACGCUGCCUUCUGCGCCUCAUCCAACGCCUCUUCUUCCCCUGGCCUCCCGUGCCAGCGUCCCUGUGCUCCUCCGCCUCCACCACCGGCCCCCAGUCCGCAAGGAGCGCACACAGCCUCCUCCUGUUUGGACCCAGCUGGCGAGGGCCUUUUGCAAACGGUGGUACUGUCCUGAUUGUCUAGUCCCUCUCCUCUUCCCUUCCUCGUUUCCAGCAUCUUUGCCGUCCUUGCUCUUUUUUCUCCGGCCUUCCUCUUCCACUUUCCUGUGGCCUCCCUUUCCUCUUCCUUCUUUCCUUAUUUGUCUCCCCCCUACUCUUUUUCUCCUCCGCCGAGGCACUGUGCGGUAUUUGUAAAUAUUGGGCGAGGAAAGUCUCGGAAGAAGAAAUAACGCUGAUAAUAAUACUUUAUUAUUAUUAUUUAUAGUAAUUAUUAUAAUAUUAAUAACACGAUCCAAGCGCAUGACAAAUCACAUAAGUUCUCAUUGUCAGUGAAGGACGCGUCUUCCCUCUCCACCCUGCGCCCCCACAGUAUGGAGGAGAGACCGCACAAGCUACCAAACAUGUAAAAGGCGUUGACUCCCUGAACAAAGGGAGUGGAGGGGGCCUGGUAUGUUGUACAUAGCUGUCAAGUUAAGGUUCAGUUACCUUUCUUCCCCUUCACCCCCACUUUUCCUUCAGCUUCCCUCCCUUCUCCAUUCCCACGUUCAGCCGCACUCAGGCAAUAGUAUAUUAUAAAGAAAACGUAAACAUUAAGCACCAGGACCUCAAGAGGCCAGAGACUGUCCCAGAAAAACGUUUAUGACAGGUACCGCUCUCCAGUCAGCCCUCUUCUCACCUUUAGUUAACCAUUCUCUUUUCCAGGACCAGGCAUUUUAAUUUACUUUUAGAAAUGUCCCUUGCUGGCCGAGCAUAAGUUCAUUAAAAAUCUAUAACUGAGUUUUAAGAAGAAAGAAAGAAAGAAAGAAAGAAACAAAGAAAGAAACAAAGAAAGAAACAAAGAAAGAAAAAGAAAGAAUCUACUGCUUUAGUUCUUGCCCUGCUCCCCCAUCUGUACACCUUUGACUUGUGGCAUUUUCAGGAUUCACAGAGGAUCCGGGAGCUGUCCAGACAGAUCUGGUGCUGAAAUUGUCUCAGAACUGGGUACAUUCUUUGGUUGUGCAAGUCGAGGAGGGGAUGUUUUGGAAAGUGUUCUAGCUUUUUGUUGGUUUCUUUCCUCUUUUUCUACAAUCGGGUUUGCGUGUACUCUUGGUUUUCUUCUUAUUAAACAUUGCAUAAGUUACCUUCUUUUGUAAUAAAAUAAAAUAAAAUAAAUUAGGUGAUGUGCAGUACUGAAAGUGCAGUAUCUAACCAACCAGAAUGUUUCAGUUUAAUUUUUAGAACAAGUGCACCUUUGUUAUAUAUUUAUUAUAUUGGUACCAAAUACAGAAGCAAACUAUAAUUCUGUACUACGUCCUCCAAACUGUAUAUUCUUGUUCUUAAUUCCCAGCUGUUGAUAUAAUUAUUACCACUGGAUGAGGAAUUCAGUGGUGCAGGCCUGGCUUCUGCUAUUUCCAGAAGUGUUCUUUUGUACCUUACUCUGUAGUAGAUUGUUAUAAAAAUAUGAUACAUAUGUUUUCUUAUUUCUUUUGUGAAUAACAGGACAACCACAACAGAAAACAAACAAAUAAUGGAUGUGCAGGAAUGCCAUCUAUUAAAACAUGGUUAAUAUUUAAACAGUGCCUGUAGUCCUCCCUGCAUGCAAUUACCACCUGGAGGCAGUGGUGUGUGUGUGCUUGCUUGUACUGUACGUGUUUGGGGGUGAGACUGGCGGGGAUGUUGGGCAAUUUGGAUGACAGGACAUGCAAAUUUUAAAAGAAGUUAAAUCCAGUAACUGCUUGUAGGAUAAAAAUGUUUGCAGCUUGUUUAGUUAGAUAUCUCUGCCUGUAACUGAGAUGCAGCUAAAGGAGUGCUCUCUUUCUCUUUCUCAGUGUGGCUUACCUAACUUCAUUGAAUGUAUGAAGAAAGAGUAAGAAAAAAGUAAGUGAGAGAAAAAGAUCAGUAUUUUUGUUCUCUCUCCUAAUGCCAGAUAAGGCCAUCUAUGUUAGAAAUGGAGUCCACCUAUGGUUAUUUACCACUUGUUUCCUUGGGUUGAUGAUAGAAGGGGCCAGACGCAUAUUAUAAUCUUAAACUAUAUGCAGGCAUCCUUUCUUGGGAACAGAUUUGGAAAAUGUAUGAAUGAGAAUGUUCUACAGAAAGCUCAACCAAAAGAGACCUUACUAACCUGCAGGAUGUAAGGCAAAAUUGCCCCUAAGUGCAUCCCUCUCCCAAGUAACUAGUAGCUCUAGAUUCUCUGUCUUGGUUCCAGGCAUAUGUGCUCUUAUCCAGAGAAAAUAGUACCUCUGAGGUUUUAGGUCAUCUAUUAAAUUGCCCAAACUCAAUCUACAUCUUUUAUAAAAAUAAUUUAGUAAGGUAAAUUUUAAUCACCAUUACAUAUCCACUCAAGAUCUUUCCUGAAGCACAGAGGAUCAUCAUUUUAGCAUGCCGUGUUGUAAUAUUAGGAAGACUAGGUGUAAUCUUUGAGUGCAAUAUAUUAAACAAUGAACCAGAUUCUCUCCAGUGCCUUAGUCACUUCCUAGUAAUAGGUAAAAGAGUGCAUUAACUCCCUCAGGCCACUAGGGAAUCCUUUAGUACAUCAGAGCUCUACAUUGUACAUCAGAAUGACUAAGGCACUGUAAAGAAGAAAGUCCAUUAAUUUUUGUAGCUCACCCUCAUCUAGCUAUAGCUCUUUAAUACCUUAUUACAGAAUGAAUUUUGGACUUGAAAUUUGAAUAGAAUUAGGGAUUCAGAAGGGAGCUUCCUCAUUUCCAAUGAGCUCCACUAAGUGCGUGGAUAUUACUUUGUCCCCCUUAUUAGGUGCACUUUUUACAGUGAAUAAUUUCCCAUUUUAUUAAAGCAAUAAGAUGUUCUGUUGUGAGCAGUGCUGGAUGAUGACUCCAUUUCCUUGGUGCUGAAGCUACUCAUACAUUUUGCCUUAUGAAUCAUAGUGCAUUCAAGGCAUGCAAUAAUAAUCCCCUUUCAAGGAGCAGCCUGUACACUCUAGGGGGUAAUUAUGAAAUCGUCCUGUAUAAUUUUUCCCCAAAGGAAUAGAGGAAACAGGAGAAAUAAAAACAUUAUGUAUAUUGUUUUAAAAGAUCUUGAUACUUCUAAACAUGGGUACACAUCCAUAAUAUGUUCUUAAUGUGCCCCUUUAAAUAUGUAUGCCUUUCUCUAUUAAUUGACUAUGGCUUAAUAUUUUUAAUAGUGCUCUAUGUAAAGAUGAUGUGAUCUGUGAGUCAAAUUUCAUGCUGAGUUAAUAUUCUCAGAACUCUAUAAGCUGGUGGUGUCACUUGAGAUUUUUUAUGAGAUAAGGAAUUACAUGAAAUUCUGGUAAUGCCAGUCCCCACACCAAAUUAUUGCAAUAAGCACAUAUCCAAGCAAUUUGAACAGACCCUGUUUAAAGCAUUACUUCUUAUAGAGCUCAGUUGACAGUCUAAGGAGUUUGGGAUGCUACCAACAGGGCAUUUUGGAUUUCAUUUUAUAUGAAACAAAAAGCAAUCUGGAAAUAGACAAAUUUAUUUUAAGGAUUUUAUUCACUGAUGUCCCGUCAGACUAAUUGCUUCAAAUCCCUAUAGCUACAGCUCAACUUCUGCACUUGCUAUUCAGUAUUCAUAAGGUGGCAUGCUUGAUUCUUAUUGUUUUUAAAGGUUAGAAAAUUGGAGAGAGAAUACCAUUAUGUCAACUGUAUGGGACUCUGAAUCUUAAAGAUGUAGAUGGAUAUAAUCUUCUUUAGAAUUUAUAUACACCCAUAGAUAUGUAUUUAUAUAUGCAUACAUUUUGUACAAAUUUACAAUGGACUUUUUGUAUUCUCUUUUCUGUCAUUACAAGAAUGAGAUGGAAACCAAAUAGUUGUUCCAUCCUCUUAUCCAGAGAGGAUACUGAGAAGUCGGGUAUAUGCAUGCACCUAUUUCUCUGGAGUUAAAUCUGAUGACUUUCUCUUUAUUUAAUGAAAGGGGAGAGUCCUGUUUGACUCGGGGGAAUUGGUAAUUAGAUAAGCUUCCUUUCCUUGUUAGUGACUCAGAUGUAGCAAGAUAAUGAAUUUAUGACCAUAUCUAUGUGGUCUGAAUAUCUAGAUGGAAAGCAAAAAUACCUAGAAGAGAUUUAGGGCCAUCUAGACCACAAACCUGAAUUGUGGCUCGAUUUUUAAUUUUCAACCUAUAUGUGGUGUGGAGAUACAACUUAUAUCUACAUAGCUAAAGGUAAAUCUCUUUAGUUUGAUAAGUAGUUUUUGGGAAAUAUGUAUAAAUUAGCUUUUAAAAAACCUUUGGCAUCUGACUUUUUCCACUGUUUCUAUCUAUAUCAAUUGAAUUAAUUAGAUAAUGGUUAAAACUCCAUUUUCCAUUGUGUAGACAUGCUUUAACUACUUUUAUGUGGGUGACAGUUGAGCAAUUGCUAGCCGAUAUUAUGUGGAAGUUAUAGGUUAAAUUAGAACCAGAAAUUUAACCUGGUCAGGUUCCUCAGGUCCAUUCCCAUGUGAAUCUGGACUUUGAGUAUAAAUCUGAAAAGCCACUUAUCUGAGCCACUCUUUUUUGGAACUAGUGUUUGUGGCUCAUAUGUGUUUUAGUUUACAUUAGAAUAAAUUGACCUACCUAUUGAGGGGGUAUUUAAUCAUUGAAUUGAACAUAAAUCUUAUUCUGAUUUGGUUUUGAUUUAUUCGAUAACAUUUGAGAAACAGUUUCAAUGUUUUGAAAUCAAUAUUUAUUAAUGUCACCAACCUAAUAAUACAAUUGGUGCCAUGUAAGGAUGCUUAGUUUAGAAUAAGAAUUUAAUUAGCUUUAAUUAGGGACAAUGUCUUAUCAAGAUGGUCCUACCUGUAUGAGGCAGGGUCAUGUGAUUUCACUGUUUUUUUUUUUUUCUAUAGAGAGGUUAACAAGCAACAAUAAUGAUGAUAACAAGACCAGCAACAGAAAAAACUGAUUUUGGAACUUGAGUAUAUCCAACAGACAGAAUAAAACAGAUAUCAGAAUUUGUGGAAAUUUUGUUCUGCUUUUCUAUCAAUAAAAGAGUUUUCUUGUUAA